CUCGUACAGGAACCGAUCGGAGACCGGUUCAAAUAAAACGACACAGGGUGCUCUGAUUGGUCGGUGGUUUGUUAUUGCACUAGUAGAAUGCGUACGAGCAAAUACCAUGAAAAAAUACGGAUCUUAAAAUAACGUAACGGUGAGAAUUGAUAGGCUCUACAAUAUCCACAGUUAUGUGUGUAUUUAUACGCAGAAUCUUAUGAAAACAUAAGUUAAUGUGGAUCAGUUUCCUGACCGAGGAGUCAGCCCCUGGUAUGUUGUUAUGUUUCAGAUCAUCAGCUGGCCGCAGGGAAAGACAGCAUUCCCAAAUAUUUGCUUUUUGAAAUAUUUUUUACAUUUUACAUUUAGGGCAUUUAGCAGACGCUUGUAUCCAAAGCGACUUACAAUAAGUACAUUUGUCAUCAUGCAUCAAUAUAUCGCUGUCGGUACAAAAAGGAUGAUAGAACCAAGUGCAAUAAGGUUGACAUUGCAAACACGAUUACACUUGCUUCAUACUGAUUGCAGCCUACUUGCCCUGUCUCUGAGUCUUUAUAUCGACGAUAUGUCAACAUGUGAUUUAUUGGUUUUAUUAUUUGGUCUUGGUUGUUUGUGUUAUUUUUUUCCCCCUCUACAGGAACGUGAUCAGUUACGUAAUGAGAGAGAGCGCGUGAGAAAUAUACAUAUAUGUAUAGAUAUAGAUAUAUAUAGAGUGACAGAGUGACAGAGUGAGAGAGAGAGAGAGAGAGAGAGAGAGAGAGAGAGAGAGAGAGAGAGAGAGAGAGAGAGAGAGAGAGAGAGAGAGAGAGAGAGAGAGAGAGAGAGAGAGAGAUAAUUUGCUGCACCAGUUGCUGGGCGUGUAUGGAGCUGCUGCUUUCCUAUGGACACCGUGUGUAGUGAAACGACGACAAUAGUUUCACACUGCAGCAGAUUCACCUUCAGUCUUUCUAUCGGUUGGACUUGUUCGACGGCCAACCUGUCUGUUGAAAGCAGCUCUGGUCCACACGAAAAGCCAUGAGAGUAUCCUCGGACAUGGACUUCAUUCAGACCCCAAGCUACUGUCUCAAUGAUUCGUUUUACUGUGAUGAAACUGAAUGCCUCAACUACUACGAGAUGCUUUCCCUUCACGAGGUGUUCCAAAUAGUUGGCUCUCAACUGACAGUGGAGGAUAUUGAGGUGCUGUCGUGUCUGCUGGACGAAGCGUUUUGUGCACAACACCCCCUUGAUCCAGCAGCGUGGACAGUCAAGCCCUGCAAGGAAGACCCAACUGACCCAGGCGUGCCCCCUACUGCUGCGCUCCUUAGUGCGUGGAGGAGGUUGAAACCCCAGGGUAACCCAGGGAAUACGGCCUCCCUGCACACCCCUAAAAGCGGCCUGGAUCUGCUGCUGCAGCUGGAGAGACGAGGUUACCUCAGUGAAGGAAACCUGGAGCCCUUGCUCCAGCUCCUGAGGGUCCUCACUCGUCACGAUCUCUUGCCCUUAGUUUCACGCAAGAAAAGGAGGACAGUGUCUCCAGAACGAAUAGUUCCCUACUUUGCUACACAGAACAAAAUGAUGCCUGUGUCAACAAUAACAGACUGGAGAACUGAUACUAGCAGCCCCUCCCUGCCUGGGGACCCUGCCUGCAGGAGGAGGAGACGGAAGAGGGGUUACGGCUGGAGCCGCAGGCCCAAGCGGUCCAACCGGCCGGGCCCUCCGCAGCUGCCGCCAACAGACGCAGUUUACUUCGCUGACGUGCGGCUGCGCGUUCGUGCCGAGUACCAGGAGCACGAGGCGGCGCUGCGCAGCGGCGUGUCGUCGGACAAACCCCACCCGCUGGAGCGGCAGUUUGAGCUGUUCAGCCGCGCCAGCUCCCUGCUGGGCGCCCGCAGCCUGGGCUCGGUGGGCUGCAACAUAAAGUUCACGGACUGGGAGAACCUGCAGGCCUUCUGGAAGGACUACCUGAGUGGGGUGCUGCUGGAGGCCCUGAAGUGCGUGUUCAUCACCGACUCCAUGCUGCAGGCGGCGGGGCGGGAGGGCGUGCGGCUGCUGAUCAGCGUGGACCAGGACGACUACGAGGAGGGCUGCCGGGUCCUGGCGGCCGGCCGGGGGAGGUUGAGGAUGCCCUCCGUCAGCGGUGGGUAGAUGCAGAGGGGAUUGGGAGCUGCAUCUUAAGACGCAUGUAUAAAUGGUGAAGAUGAAUGAGUUCAUUAUCGUUGUUCCCAGUACAUAACAAAGAAUCAAUCGGCAGCUAUGCACCAGCAGACCAAGGGAAUCCCCUUCUCCUUGAUGCCAUUACAAAGGCAUCAGGAGACAAGCUGGCCGACCAGAGGCCAUACGUUCUAGGUGCUCGCAAACUGUCAUGCAAGAAGAAAAAAACAGAAUAUGGCCGAUGUAGUCACUGUUGGUUUGGGUGUAGUCUGUUAAAGUUAAGAGUUUUGUGUAUUUAACAGCAAGUAAAUGGAAACCAAUUGAUACACGCCUACCUCUCAAAAACACCUGACCAAUGUCAAGGAUAUUGUUUAUUAUAUGACCUUACUUUCUUGUUUUAGGUAAUUUCUAGGGGAGGGAACGGCUCUUGAACCUGAUCUGUGAUUCUGGACAGCUCUGGUUCACACACAGACAGCCUAUUAAACCAGGCGCUCGGUGUGUCCCGUGUGUCAUGAUAACCCAGCUUGAUGUUUUGAGUUGCCGAGUGCAUGGGCAGGUGCCAGUAGAUGACAGUGGUGAUCAGGGCUGGCCCCUGGCGGACCGUGGAAGAUUCAUCAUCGCACUCUUGUCAGUGCUAAGCGGGAUGACAAAAUGGCGCCAUGUAUGUAUCCGGAUCUCCAGCCCUGGCCGCCGCCUGCCAGUAGCUCCCUCUCAGACAGCAAAUGCACAGGACCGUGCGCUUGCGUCAAUGGCAGUGAUGUUGGGAGAUCAAAAUCCAAAGUGCACAUCCCAGCUCCACUCAGCUCCAAUAUGUUGGCCCAGUAGAUGGGCUUCCAGACAGCUGUCUAGUCACCCUGGUGGAACUAAUGCCUGGACUUCACUCAUAGAGGACCCGAUCAAUAGGGGCCCCAAAGUCCCUCCAUACAAGCAAGACUUAAGCACAUAGACUUCUUGCCAGUGUCUCAGGCUAAGGGCACUGCUAGCCGGCACAAAGCAUAAACAUAGAGAGUGCAAGGGACAGCCAUGUUCAUAUUUCUGUUUUUGUCAUUCUGAUGUCUUUGUGUACGUUUAUAUUCAUAGGUGAAAAUGUGAAAAAAAAUGGGGAAAAAAGUCAAAGUGGGAAUGUUUUGUUUAAGAAAGGGAGUAUUUACUCUGAGCAUGUCCUUUUUGGGGGGGGAUUUAUCUUAACAUUGAAUUAAAUUGUGUCAGAACUGUGUCCAUACAAUUAUUUUAUAUCAGUAUGGAAUUGUAAAUGAAUCGGAAGAUAAUAAAUAUAAAUACUUUAGAUGACAUCAAUGAAUGAACAUCCCAUGAUAAUUCAACUACUGAAACUCUUUUGGAAAAUGGUCUAAAUGUAUGACAGCUAAUUAUGCUAUAAUCAUUAUGGGAAGAUAACAAUCAGUACACAUUCUAAAUAUUUACAGUAGGCCGUUUCAUUUUAUUUGAUCAACCUUUUACCCCUGCAUCUUGUAUCUGGCGCCUGAAGCUUAUAACAGUCCUGUAAAUGUACUCAAGUUCUCCAGCCAAUAUGCGUUUUCAUGCAUCUUGGCUUAUGCACGGUUCCAACAUUUACUAAACAGACCGCUGCUCUUGAUUGUUUUUGGGUGAUUAGAAGGCCCGAUUAUUCUCACUUGCCUGUCUAAACACUCAAACUUAAUAACUUAAUUGGCGACAACGUUGUCUUGUAAUCCACAUUAGUCAUCCAGCUGUAAUCAGCACCACGAACAGCGGGCGCUGUCCUUGGUGCUGAUUAUCCAAAACGUACUGUGUCUAAACGCUGCAUUAGAUAACUGCAUCAGAGCUAAAGAAGCUUUUCACCUUUGUUAAAGGAUUCUAUUAAAUAGUUGCAAACGUACCCAUUUUCUAUAAUUUGACCAUAUUUAUUCAACAUUUUUAAAAAGAUGAAGGCUGCUAAACUCAACAUUUUAUUAGAAAAUGUUCAGUUCUGUCCCAAGCGUUGCUCUAGUCCAACUUCGUACUUCACAAAGAAAUGAAUAGCUUUCAUCAUGAACACCCACAAUCAGUCAGUACUUCUAAGACUUGUUUCUAAUUCGAAUAGCCUACAUAAUGCAUUCAUGAUAAAACAAUGUAUCGAGUUGUGUGGCUGUGCAUAUUUUUUAGUUUAGAUAAGUUGUUUAGUCCAGGUAUGACUUAUAUUGACCACAGACCACAUCAAACAGAAGAAAAAAAAACAACGUUAUUUAUGUCUUGUAGACUGUGAAUAUAGCCUAUGAUAACCUGUAUUUGGUCCAUAGGUGCGUCGUCAGGAAGGCCAUGCUCCCAGACGUGUGGUUUCAUGCUGUAGUCCUCACGUGCUCAACGGACGAGGCAAGGUUCGAGAGAUGUAGGCUACCUGCAUUACAGGUAGACGCAUUAAGUUGUAGUAAAAUAUUACUAAAACAACAUUGCCACAUUAGGUUCAAUGUGCAGUAAGGGAAACCAUAUCUGAACAUGGGCAAGAUGUUGGUGCAUUUAGGCUGAGUUUGCAUCCCUUAGGUGUGUAUGUUGGAGCCUAGCUAUGCCUGUGUUAAACGAGUCGGUGAGCUGGUUGAAAAGGUAUUUUAUUUUAAUGUUUGCUAAUGGUAGUCUAUAUUUUGUAGUGUGCAACACAUCUGCGUUUUCGUGCAUGUCUCAUGAAGGUAAAAUACAUGACCCCCAAAGAAAAUACAUGUAUACAGCCACGGACAAUUCCCAUAUAAUCCUCUUGAUGUUACCUGGUAGAUGUAACAAAUUAUAUAAAGGGUUAUUAAUGUUUGAUUGGUUGCCGUAAUUUCUGCGUGUCCCAUGGUGACUGUGGACGGCAGUGCUUUUUAGGAAGGUUCCUUAAACAAAUGACCCGGAAGUAUCUGUUGGAAGCCAUGGUAAGAGCUGAUCCUAUUGUUUAAAUGCUAAAUUGAGAGGCUGCUUGCUUUCGUGUCUCAUUUCACAAAGGGUAAACACAUGCAAUAGAUCGUUUUGUUUGAAAGCUUAAUUUUUUGGGAAAAUAGAGAAAAGUCCAAAAAUCUGAAACAAUAUAAAUUGAACCAAACACAAAAUAGAAGAAUGGCAAUUGGAAAUAAUUAAUUAAUAGCUAUGGGAAAUAAUCCCAUAGCUAUCCCAUCAAAAUCGGGUGACACUUUGGUAAGGAGAUAUUCAACAGAUGUGAAACUGCCCUUUGUGUCGAAUUGUCCAAACACCGCUGAUGUCCUUGUAAUUGUAAAUCUUGACUGCUUUCCUUGAAACAUUAUGUUUUUCAUCGAGGUCAAGUAAAAGUUGUAAUGAAAGGACAUGGGAUGUAAUGUGUUUUACUAUUCAACCAGAGCCACAGUGUGUCUAGCGGUGUAUAUAUUCCCAGAAGAGGGAGAAAAGUCCUGUCGGGUUCCGUAUAGGAAUAGGGCGAGGAUUGAAUGAUGUAGCCAGAUCCCACAUUGUACCCACUUUGCUUUGCAUACACCUAUUUAAUCUGGUCCGAAAGACUCUGAAUGCAAGCCUGACCACCUUAGGAUGUGGUCAUACUCAUCGGAUUUUCUGAUCUAGGACUGUUCGACUAACUGUAACCUUUGCCACCAGAUUGUUCUCGAACCCUUGGUAUGCAACGGAAAUAAUGUCAGUAUAGCUAAACUAACCCCAAACUCAUCUACAUUAUCCGGAAUACCAACUGAGAUACAAUAUUAAAAGUUGUAAUAUGUAACAUUUCAACUAGCUUGUAACUUGAGCGUGCCCAGACAUAUCUUUAGUCAAUGCGGAUUUCAAUAAUGUUGUCAAUAAAAUCACAUACUGCAAAAGAUGUAUUCUACCAUAAAAAAAAUGCUGGCCAGCCCGGACCUCACUCUUUCUUAACAAGAAUGUCCUCCAGUGGGGGCAUGUCUCAUCUUACUAUCAACACUCCAGAACCCCUCCCACUCACACCACCAACACAGACCAGCUAUGCUGACUUUGUCAGUUUGCCUUGAAAAGUCCCAUGCAAGUUAGGGUGAACAGAACCCUGUUGAGGUUUUUCUUAUUCUGAAAGUCAGGGCUCAAUCUCACACAUGGCGACUUUAACUGUCAGUUAUUUUUGCCCAUGUACUGACUGAUAUCACGCAACAUUUUGUUAGCUAACGUUAGCCUAGUCGGUGCACCGCCAUCUUGCCUGCUGACUGGCGAAAAUACACAAGUUAGGCUACAUUUACCUGAAUUAAAGGUGUAUCUAUUCUUCUUUUUAGUGCAAAUCAAUUCCUUUUGCUUCAUGUGUGUGUUUCGAUCUUCCGAAGGUUAAGGCUACACAAAUUCAGCCGGAUUUGGUCAAAGUAAAAUAUCAUAGCAGAAUAUCUUUCAGUGUUAUGGGUGAGGAUGGUCUGAUUGGGCUGUCGAACUACGUUUUGUUUGAUAUGAUCAACCGCUUGUGAUUUGGCACAUUAGACGCCUAACAUCAACCCGAGAAAUAACAUGUCUGAAUUUUUUGUUCUUUCUUGCCUAGUUAGACAAAUCCUACCAUGUGUUCCUUGACGUUGACCAAUAGGAUGUUAAUAUGGCGAGUAGAAAGAGAACAGAACAACAGAACCAUGGGUUUUGCAAAGGUGUUGACAGUUUCACACCGGUUGAUGCUCUUCUGAGCAACGCCCGACGGGUAGCACCAUAUAUAUAUUUUAUAUUUCUUUAUAUAUAUGAAUAAAACAUUCACAGCCCGAAUCCUUCCGUGUCUGAAUUGAAGCAAGCAGAUUUA